AUGAACCACUUGGAGGGGUCCGCGGAGGUGGAGGUGACCGACGAGGCAGCAGGCGGGGAGGUGAACGAGUCGGUGGAGGCCGACCUGGAGCACCCCGAGGUGGAGCAGGAGCAGCAGCGGCAGCCACAGCAGCAGCAGCAGCAUCAGCGGGCGGCGGACCCCGCGGGCGGCGGCGAGGCGGGGCAGCGGUACAGCAAGGAGAAGAGGGAUGCCAUCUCGCUGGCCAUCAAGGACAUCAAGGAGGCCAUCGAGGAAGUGAAAACCAGGACCAUUCGUUCGCCUUACACUCCCGACGAGCCCAAAGAGCCCAUCUGGGUCAUGCGCCAGGACAUCAGCCCCACCAGGGACUGUGAGGACCAGAGGCCGGUGGACGGAGAUUCUCCGUCUCCUGGCAGUUCCUCACCCUUGGGUGCAGAGUCGUCGAGCACACCCCUCCAUCCCAGUGACCCCGCGGAAGCCUCCACAAAUAAAGAGUCAAGAAAAAGCUUGGCUUCAUUCCCAACCUACGUUGAAGUUCCUGGACCUUGCGACCCUGAAGACUUGAUUGAUGGAAUCAUUUUUGCUGCCAAUUAUCUUGGCUCCACCCAGCUGCUCUCGGACAAGACUCCCUCCAAAAACGUGCGCAUGAUGCAGGCCCAGGAAGCAGUGAGCAGGAUCAAGAUGGCCCAGAAAUUAGCCAAAAGCAGGAAGAAGGCUCCUGAAGGUGAAUCUCAGCCAAUGACCGAAGUGGAUCUCUUCAUUUCUACCCAGAGAAUCAAGGUGUUGAAUGCCGACACGCAGGAGACAAUGAUGGACCACCCUCUGAGGACCAUUUCCUACAUCGCAGACAUCGGGAACAUCGUGGUGCUCAUGGCCCGCCGGCGGAUGCCCCGCUCCAACUCGCAGGAAAACGUGGAAGCCUCCCACCCAUCCCAGGAUGGAAAGCGGCAGUACAAAAUGAUCUGCCACGUCUUUGAGUCUGAAGACGCCCAGCUGAUCGCACAGUCCAUCGGGCAGGCCUUUAGCGUGGCAUACCAGGAAUUCCUCAGGGCCAACGGGAUCAACCCCGAAGAUCUCAGCCAGAAAGAGUAUAGUGACCUGCUGAAUACCCAGGACAUGUACAACGAUGACCUGAUCCACUUCUCCAAGUCGGAAAACUGUAAAGAUGUAGGUACUUUGCUACAGCUGCCCUUCAGGCCGGGUCAGCUGGGCAGGAGCCCAGGAGAACAGGGCGGCCCUGGUGAGGAGGGCAGGCGGGGCAGAGCCCAGCUGAUCGCACAGUCCAUCGGGCAGGCCUUUAGCGUGGCAUACCAGGAAUUCCUCAGGGCCAACGGGAUCAACCCCGAAGAUCUCAGCCAGAAAGAGUAUAGUGACCUGCUGAAUACCCAGGACAUGUACAACGAUGACCUGAUCCACUUCUCCAAGUCGGAAAACUGUAAAGAUGUAGGUACUUUGCUACAGCUGCCCUUCAGGCCGGGUCAGCUGGGCAGGAGCCCAGGAGAACAGGGCGGCCCUGGUGAGGAGGGCAGGCGGGGCAGAGUACAGCAUUGGCAGGAUGCUGUGAGGCUCAUCUCUGGCCCCUCCUUCAGGGGGCCUUGUUGUGAAAUGCCAUUGUGA